GAAUCAAAAUAAAAAACAUUGUAAACUUAAGACCCGUUUAAAAUUAUUUAAGACCAAAAACACAAUACCUGAGCAAAUUUAGGACUUUUUAAGGCCUGAAAUUUUGAUUUCGAAAUUUAAGAUUUUUUAAGACCCCACGGAAACCCCAAAAAGGGCCGUGGGGGCUCCACAGCGCGCGAUGUUCUCGGAGGCGAGCGACAUCAACCUGGCGUCCAACCUGAGCGAGGAGGCCUGGAGCGACACGCCGCUGGAGCGGCUGUCGCUCGGCGGCCACCGCGUGGUCUCGGUGUUCCUGGGCUCCAUCAUGGUGCUGGGCUUCCUCAACAACCUGCUGGUUCUGGUUCUGUUCUGCCGCUUCAAGACGCUGCGCACGCCGGUCAACAUGCUGCUGCUCAACAUCAGCGUCAGCGACAUGCUGGUGUGCGUGUGCGGCACCACGCUCAGCUUCGCCUCCAGCCUGCACGCGCGCUGGCUGUACGGACGCCGCGGCUGCAUGUGGUACGGCUUCGUCAACUCCUGCUUCGGCAUCGUGUCCCUGAUGUCCCUGUCCGUGCUGUCCUACGAGCGCUACAGCACGCUGCUGGUGUACAACGCGCGCGUGUCGGACUACAGGAAGCCGCUGCUGACGGUGGGCGGGACCUGGCUCUACUCGCUGCUGUGGACGGCGCCGCCGCUGAUUGGCUGGAGCAGCUACGGCCUGGAGGGCGCCGGGACCAGCUGCUCGGUGACGUGGACGCAGCGCACGGCCGCCUCGCACUCGUACAUCAUCUGUCUGUUCGUGUUCUGCCUCGGCGUUCCCGUCCUCGUCAUGGUGUACUGCUACGGACGCCUUCUGCACGCCGUCAAACACGUGGGUCAGGUCCGGCGUUUGGCGGCCCGACGCAGAGAGCUGCGCAUCCUGUCGAUGGUGUUCACCACGGUGGUGUGCUACCUGCUCUGCUGGCUGCCGUACGGCGUGGUCGCCAUGGUAGCCACCUUCGGCCGGCCGGGAGCCGUCAGCCCCGUCGCCACCGUCGUCCCGUCGCUCCUCGCCAAGAGCAGCACCGUCAUCAACCCCGUCAUCUACAUCCUCAUGAACAAACAGUUCUACCGCUGCUUCCUGCUGCUGUUGGGAUGUAAUCACGCGCUGACGGAGAACGCUCCGACCUCGAUGCAGUCAAAGACCACCGUGGUGCAGCUCAACCGCCGAGUCUGUGACCCCGCCCCCCCCACCACCACCGCCAUCGCCACGACAACACUCCCCGCCGCUGCGACGGACGAAACAAACGCUGCCGAGCCGCCGCUGUGAUGUCAUCCGAGUCGCAGGUUGGAGUUGAACCGGCGUCUGCUGAAGAGAGAAGACACACAGAGCAAACGCUCUUACUGGGUGAGCUAAAGGGGGACCAAGACGUUCACUGAAGUUUUCAC